AUGGAGGUUCCGGAACCCACCUGCCCUGCCUUGCCUGCCAGGGACCAGCCAGCUCCCACUUCUGGCCCCCCAGGACCCUCAGGUGGGCAGACUUCACCUCACCUGACCCUGAGCCCCGUCAUUCUGCCGCCAGAGCAGGGCCUGGCCCCCACCGUAUUCCUGAAGGCCCUGCCCAUCCCGCUGUACCACACGGUGCCUCCGGGGGGCCUCCAGCCACGUGCCCCCCUGGUGACUGGAAGCCUGGAUGGGGGCAGCGUGCCCUUCAUCCUCAGUCCCCUGCUGCAGCCUGAAGGGCCUGGCCCUGCCCAGAUGGGGAAGCCGGCGGCCCCAGUGCUGACCGUGAACAUCGUGGGUGCUCUACCUGUCCUGUCUCCGGGCCCGGGGCCCACACUGGGCAGCCCAGGCAAGGCGCGGAACGCUGGCAAGCACCUGUGCCCACAUUGCGGCCGGGACUGCCUGAAGCCCAGUGUUCUGGAGAAGCACAUCCGGUCCCACACGGGCGAAAGGCCCUUCCCGUGUGCUACCUGUGGCAUCGCCUUUAAGACCCAGAGCAACCUGUACAAACACAGGAGGACCCAGACGCACCUCAACAACUCCCGGCUGUCCUCGGAGUCCGAGGGGGCCGGGGGCAGCCUCUCGGAGGAGGGGGACAAGGCCGGAGAGACCUCCAGAGCAGAGGGCAGGGGGGAAAGCUGGAGCCAGAGGACGGGUGAAGGGGCCUCAGAGGGACCCCUUUCUUCAGGUGCCCAUCUCUCCCCAGUUGCCAAGAACCUAGAGACAAAGAUGGUCGCUGUCCCCUGUCCAGGGCCCACAUUUGCUGACAGAGGGGGCCCUUUAGACUCUACCCACAUGGCGUCCCCCGGGCUCCCUCUGGCCUGCACUCAGCCCCGGCGGAAGCUGCCUGGACAUAAGUCUCCGACCGUGGGCAGGCCGUGCUCCUUGCAGCGGCAGCAGGCCACGUCCUCAGAGAAGCCCUGGGACGCCAAGGCCCCCGAGGGGAGGCUGAGGAAGUGCGAGAGCACCGACUCGGGCUACCUGUCCCGCUCGGACAGCGCGGAGCAGCCGCAGGUGGCCUGCAGCCCGCGGCACAGCCUGUCGGAGCACAGCGCCGAGUCCGAGGGCGAGGGCGGCCCGGGCCCGGGGGGCGCCAGGCCCAGCCUGGAGCUGGAGAAGAAGCGGCUGGAAGAGCGCAUCGCCCGGCUCAUCUCGCACAACCAGGCGGUGGUGGACGACCCGCAGCUGGACAACGUGCGGCCCCGCAAGACCGUCUUGUCCAAGCAGGGCAGCAUCGACCUGCCCAUGCCCUACACCUACAAGGACUCCUUCCACUUCGACAUCCGCGCGCCCGGGCCCGGCCGCAGGAGGACCGCCCUGGGCCCCGCCAGCUCCACCUUCGCGCCCCUGGACAAGUCGCGGCCCCUCUUCUUCCACUCCGUUCCCACUCAGCUCUCCACCUCGGUGGAGUGCGUCCCCGUCACCAGGAGCAACUCGCUGCCCUUCGUCGAGGGCUCCAGGACGUGGCUGGAGCCCCUGGACCCCCAGGACGCCUGCCCCAGGACGCAGAAGCCUCUGAGCCCCAGGCCCACCCCAGCCCGUCCGGGCUGCCGCUGGGGGCUGACCUUGGCUGACGUCCCCAGCGGGCACCCCCGGGCCCUGGUCAGGCAGGCUGCCAUUGAGGACGUUCCAUGUACCCCCGCUGGAGACACCCCAGCCUUGGCAGAGGACCCAAGUAGAGAGAGAACCGCCACGGCAGAGGGGAUGGCCAAUAAGAAGUGCAGCCAGAGGAAGCUGAAGAUGUUCUCCCAGGAGAAGUGGCAGGUGUAUGGGAAGGAGACGUUCAAGAGAAUCUACCAGAAAAUGAAAACUGGCCCCCAUGGAGGCAAGAAAGCCAGGGGAGUGAGAUUGGGCAAUGGGGCAGAGCCGGACCCUCCUCCCCAGGAAGAGGCAGCUGGGAGCAAGGGCCCAACCCCAUCCCAAGACAGGAGGACCCCUGUCUGCGGGGACCCUUCUGUAGGGGCCAAGUUGGGGCCUCAGGGAAGUCCGCCAGUCCAGGAGGGCUCCUUGGUGACUGAGCCUCCUAAACAGAGGAAGACAGUGUCCAGUGCAGGAGGCAGUGACCAGCCCAGGGUAAGCAGGGCUGUGUCAUCCCCCACCCUUGGUGGCAGAGAUCUCCCCUGUUUGGGCAGCAAGAGCCCUCUGCUUCUCCCAAGUGGGAGGCUGGAACUGGGCUUGCAGCUGCCCCCAGCGCCCGGCCCUCUCAAAGGAGGUGACCUAGAGGCCCUCAGGCUAGUUUUGCCAGACCCCAAGCUGGAAAGAGUUGAGCAAAGCAGUGGGGACAUGAAGGAGACCUGUCCGUGGGCACAGACUGUCCCCAGACAGCCCAGCGGUGGUUCUGGUGAGCCCCGGCCCGUGGGGGACAAGCUGCCCUCGGAGAGGAAGAAGCUGAAAGUGGAGGAGCAGCUGGGCCAGGAGCAGCCAGAGUCUCUGGAAGCAGAGACCCCGGGAGCCCCCACACAGCCCACCUCCACGCCAUCCUGGAAGCAAGAGAGUGACCCCAAGGAGGUGCCACGGGGGCCGCACAGGAGUGCCGGGAGGGUGGGCGAGCCUCUGGGGUCCCCUGGCGCCUCCUCAGCUGCUUCCUCUGUUGACCUGAAGCAGGAGGGGCUGGGUGGUGAGGAGCCCCCCAUGCACCCUGCAGCCCUGGCCACUGGGCGUCACUCCGAGCUGGCCGCCCAGCCUCAGGCUCCUAGCAUUCUCGCUGCUCUGGCAGACUUUUCCCCCAAGUAUCUCCUCAGGUUACCUCAGGGAGAGACCCCCUUACCACUGCCUGUUCCCCGGGGGCCCGGGAAAGGCCAGGACUCUCUCUGCAGGAGUGGGGGGCCCAAGGAAUGGGCAUCUCUUGUUGGAUCAGUACUGGGGACCCCCCUGUCUCCUGGCCUAGCCUCCGGCUCAACCCCAGGGGAGGCAGACAGCAUCUCAGAGGACUCCGGCUGGUCCAGGCGGAAAGGGGUGCAGCUGGGAGAGGAUAAGGGAGACAGGAUGUACAGUAGCAUGUCAGCAGCCAGGGAGUCUCCUGGCUCAGCCACAGGGGCCCCCAAGGAGACAGGCUCCUUCCUGCCCACCCCCACAUGUGACACCCAAAUGGCCCAGGACACAGAGGCUGAGAUACAUGCUGUCUGCAUGGGCAGCAAUUCAGCCAAAGUCAUGCCCUCUUGGGGUGUUCCAAAUCCCUGGGCGUUGGGGGAAAUGUCUGAGAAUGCCCCAGAAGACCCUUCUUCAAACUCCCUGGCAAGGCUCAGUCCUGGCUGCCCCUUCCAGCCUGGCUCCUUCAUCACAGUGCUCACUCAGCCCCAGGGCAUGCCCCGUGGCCGGCCCGAGCUGACCUCAUCUCCCCACUCAGGGACCCACAGGAGCUGCGGGGCCCAGAGCCCCUUCCCCUCACUAAGGGCCGAGCCCCGGCUCACGUGGUGUUGCUUGAGCCGCAGCCUCCCUCUGCCCGUGGAGCAGAAAGAGAAGGCCGCUUCUGUGUACUCGGCUCUGCACUUCCCUGGUGGCAGCCUCCGGGAUGACAGUCCGCAACCCCUGCCCUUGAGCACUGGAGGAUGGACCAGGAUGAGCCUGAGAGAAGGGCUGGCGCAGAUAUCCAAGCUUUCCUACCCAACAGUCCCAGGGGCGAUGUCCCAGGACCUGCUGUCUGAGCCAGAACAGAAGAAAGGACUGCCUCAUAGGAGAGCGAAGACAUCUCGUGGGAAGAGCAAGCAGAAGAAACCAAGGAUCAACCCUAAAAGGUACAAAGGGAACUUCUUGCAGAGAUGCGUUCAGCUGAAGGCCAGUAGACGGCGCAGGCCACCCCGGCUGCCGAGAAGCUGCCGCCCGCCCCCAUCUGAGGGGCUGGAUCCAUGUAGGACCCUUGGGAAGUCUUCUUCAGAAGUGGCAGGUCUAAAUCUGCAAGAAGAGCUGCCCUGUGCCACCUCAGAGUCGUCUCUUGGUUGUGGGAAUGAAGAGGAGGAUGAGGAUGAAUGCAGACAAACUUCAAGAACCUUCUCUCCUAGCACAAGUUCAAAGACUGUCAGGGAAAAUGAUAAAUUAACUGUGAAGGAUAUUUCUCCAUCUGCCAGUGAGCAUGGUGACUGUUCUCACAACACUGCUGCUGGGUCCGGAUUACCUCUACAAUCUGACACCUGCUUGGCAGUGGCUAAUGACCACCUUCUGCCCCAUGGCAAAGAUCUUGACAUUGGAUUGCUGGAGACUCAGCUGCUACCCUCACAGGAUCAAGUCUCAACAGAUCCCAAACCAUGCAUUUUCUCAGAUGCUCAAGAGCCUUCUUCCUUUGGAUCGAAAGGAACAUUUCCCUGCCAUGAUGUUGCUACCUCUGCGGCUGCCAUUUGUAUUUCUGUGGGAGUUCACAGUGCAGAGCCACAAGACCACAGCUGGGCUGCAGGGGAGACUCUCGACGCAGACUCCCCAGACAGAAAAGCUAUAGCAGAGGGAGUAUCACAGAUGCUCUUGCCAGAGAAACCUUCCUCUGAAAGAAUUUCAGGUUCAGCUCUGUCAGACUCAAUUGGAAAAACUCAUCUGGAGAUACCUGCUUCAGGACCAAGUUCACCUAGUUCACAGCAAGAGGAAGGGAGACAAAAGACAUUUUUUCCUCCCAGGGGCCAAUAUGGGUGUGGAGAAAUAGCUGUCCCCACUUCAGGAAGUGACAGUGGGAAAUGUCAGGUACCUGGGUUAAUCACCCUGAAAGGUUGUGUGGUUUCCUCUAACCCAGAGAAGCCCACAGAAAUCCCCGAAGCCCCUUCUAAAUCCAUUAAGAAGAAGGGUUUGGAAGGAAUAAGAAAGCAAACUCAAGUGGAGUUCAGUGACACCAGCAGUGACGACGAAGACCGGUUGGUUAUAGAAAUAUGA